CUUUCUUAACUGUCUUUCAGUAAACACUUCCCAAAACAAACAAAAAACUAAAAACUCAAUAUGAAGGCUUUCUUUACUUUAGCUGUUGUUUGCUUAAUUGCCAGUGCUUUGGCCAAUCCCCUCGAAUUGAACGAAGAACAAAAAGCCAAAGCCAAGGUUCACUUCCAGGAGUGUGUUAAACAAGAAAACGUUUCCGAAGAAGAUGCCACCAAAUUGCGCAACAGAGAAUUCGCUAACGCCUCACCCAGCAUGAAAUGUUUCGGAACUUGCUUCUUCGAAAAGGUCGGUACCUUGAAGGACAGCCAAGUGCAAGAAGAAGUUGUUUUGCAAAAAUUGGGUGCCCUUAUCGGUGAAGAGAAGACCAAGGAAGUUUUGCACAAAUGCAAGGACAUCAAGGGUGAAGAUCGUUGUGAUACCGGUUUCAAAAUCUAUGAAUGUUUCGAAAGCUAUAAAGCUCAAUUGACCGCUUAAGUAUUAAGUGAAAAAAGUAUUAUUUGAAAGAAAAACCACAUAAUUUAACUUAUUUAAAAUAAAGUUUAAUAGUAUUUAAAAACAAACUGAAAUGAA